AUGGCGGUCCGCGCACAGUUCGAGAACUCCAACGAAGUGGGUGUUUUUUCCCGCCUCACCAAUUCAUAUGCGAUUGUUGCCAUCGGGGCGUCCGAAAACUUCUACAGCAUAUUUGAGGCGGAAUUGCAAGAUGUCAUUCCAAUUUGUCAUGCCACUAUUGCCGGAACUCGAAUUGUUGGCCGUCUAACAGCGGGCAAUCGCAACGGCCUUUUGGUUCCCACCACCACCACAGACCAAGAACUGCAGCAUCUACGGAACACACUGCCAGAUUCGGUCAAAAUCCAACGGAUAGAAGAGCGUCUUUCGGCACUGGGAAAUGUGAUCUGCUGCAAUGACCAUGUGGCGUUGAUCCAUCCGGAUCUGGAGCGAGAGACAGAAGAAAUUAUUGCCGACGUCCUUGGAGUCGAAGUUUUCCGACAUACCGUUGCCGACAACGUCCUGACCGGCUCGUAUAUGGCCCUCUCCAACCAGGGUGGUAUUGUGCAUCCCAAGACUUCGAUCCGUGACCAAGACGAGCUCUCCUCGCUGUUGCAGGUGCCCCUGGUCGCCGGUAGUGUCAACCGGGGUAGUUCCGUUGUUGGCGCAGGUAUGGUCGUCAACGACUGGCUGGCAGUGACCGGACUGGAUACAACCGCUACCGAGCUGAGUGUAAUUGAGAGUGUGUUCCGGUUGGGCGAGAUGGGCCCUCGGGGCGUGGGUAUGGGCAAUGCCAACAAGGAAAGCAUUGUGGAGAGUUUCUACUAA